UUUAUCUAAUGUAUUUGGUUUAUGUUGGCCUACUUUGGUGUUUUCUCCCUUGUUUGGACAAAUAAUCCAAAGUGGCAACAUGGAUACCACAUCAAUGCUUGCCGUUGUAGGCUUGCUCAUUCUUGCCUAUCUCUACCUCAGAAGGAAGCACGUCAAUUUGCCUCCAGGACCCUGGUUGAGUGUCCCUAUAUUGGGAAGCAUACCUUUCUUGGGCAAAGACCUCCGAAAGGAGGCACUGCGGUUGUCCAAAGAUUUUCACUCGGACGUCAUCACGGUCAAACUAGGCCCUCAUCUUGGCGUUUUCCUAAAUUCUUACGCCUCCAUAAAAGCGGCGCUGUCAAGCGAGGAUUUCACGGACAGACCAGAUUCGAUCUUCUUUUUAGUCUGCGAGAAGCAAGGUGUCGCCAGCAGCGACGGCAAUGUCUGGAAAGAACACCGUCGUCUCAUGCUUUCGGUGCUGCGAGACAUGGGCAUGGGCAAGAUGGCUGCCGAGGAAAAGAUCAGAGAAGAAGUCCGUCAACUUAUCGGAGAAAUUAGGAAACUGGGCUGUAAAAGAUUCGACAUUGGCCCAUUAUUAAAUAUCGCAACCGCAAAUGUUAUCUCUGCGACAAUUGUAGGCCAACGGUAUGACUACCAUGAUCCAGAAUUUCUCCAUUACGUCACACGUUUCAAAGAAAACCUCACACUGCUGCCGAAUGACACCAUUUUGGCCAUGUAUCCGUCGUUACGCCACCUACCGGGAAACCUUUUCAACUUCGGAACGAUCAAAAGGAACAUUCGCAGUGUGUUUAAGUUUUUGGAGAAGCACAUCAAGGAACACAAGGAGCGUUUUGAUCCUGGUAACAUAAGUGAUUUUCUCGACGCUUACCUUGUUGAGAAAGAGAGACAGGAUAGGAAUAAUCCCAAAAAUACAUUCUCAGAUGAACAGCUGAAGGUUGUUCUCGCUGACCUCUUUGUUGCCGGGAGCGAGACGAGCGCCACCACUCUUCAGUCGGCGAUACUAUUUAUGAUCGCACAUCCCGAAAUUCAGCGGAAGGUCCAAUCGGAAAUCGAUGACUUUAUCGGCAAAGAUCAGAUCCCGACCAUGCACGAUCGCCGAAAUCUUCCCUACGCGGAGGCCACGGUUCUAGAAACAUACCGUUUUUCCUCACUCGCAGGUCUCGGUCUUCCGCACAGCAACCAGAGCCGAGACGUCGUGUUCCAGAAUUUCACCAUUCCCAAAGGCACCAUGGUAAUCCCGAAUAUCUGGGCCAUACACAGGGACCCGGAGGUUUGGAAAUACCCUGACGUAUUUGACCCCAGAAACUUUCUUGGUGAUGAUGGCAGUGUUGUUCAUAAGCCUGAACUGAUGCCUUUUGCCAUAGGUCGGCGUCAAUGCCCUGGCGAAGGACUCGCGAAAAUGGAGGUCUUCAUCUUCUUCGUGACUCUACUUCAGAAGUUUACUUUCUCCAACCCAGAGGGCGAUACAAUUCCAAGCCUUGAUGGAGUGUUCACAACUACUAACGCGCCACACCCGUUUAAGAUUUGCGUAAAUCCACGGUCUGACGAUGAGGCACACUAGCAUGUUACGCAUGCCAAUAGAUUUAGGGUGUAGACGGAUGUAGACGGCGUAAAAUUUGUGGAGUGCCUUUUGUUGCAUUACACCCUGUAGUUAAUGAUAUUUAUUACAUAUCAACAGCCAAUGUUGCCCCCCGCCUAUGGAAGCACGGUGAAUUUUCACAAGGCACAUUACUUCAGAGCGUGUCAUUAUGUCCGUUAGAUGAAUUGACCAAGACAAAUUUCUAAAUCGUGGGCUUUCUCAUUCGAAUUCGAGGAACCGCUUUCUUCACUGCAUGGUCGCCAAGAAAUAGCCGGGUAAGUAAUUUUCGGAACCCCCCACGGCCAGGGAUCGUUGUCAAUUCGACGUCAACCUAACAUCGAUUGUAGCUGAUCAGGAGGGUUACAUGGUCUUCAUAUGACCGCUGCAUAUUAAUACAAAACACUAGCGCUUUU